GCCUACUGCUAAAGAAAUAAAAGACAUUAUAAGUACUUGGUGCAAUUAUAUUACAAACAAAGAAUCAAAUGAAUUCACUGCACAAAUAAAGGAAACUGAUGAUUUAAUAUCCAACACACCAGUUUCAUUUAACUCUAACAUUCAUCCUGUAAUAAUUUAUAACAGCAAACAAUUCGACUGUCUAUCAUCAACGUUUCAACGUUGUUGA